AUGGAAACCAGGGAGAGAGAUCUAGACCGGCUUAUUCCGAUGCAUAAAUCCGGAGCUUCUCCUCGAGAGGUCGUUCUCUCUGUUCCGCCGUCUCCUCUCGCUUCUCCAAUUCACGUUGCCGGAAGAGAGGCGAUUUACAAAGUUAUCCGAAGCUGGGCCUCCAAAAAGUUUAUGACCGGAUGUGUGAUUCUUCUUCCAAUCGCCGUCACAUUCUACUUCACAUGGUGGUUUAUUCAUUUCGUGGACGGGUUCUUCUCCCCAAUCUAUACCCAUCUCGGAAUCAAUAUGUUCGGUCUUGGAUUUGUGACAUCCAUCACAUUCAUCUUUCUCGUUGGUGUAUUCAUGUCUUCGUGGCUUGGAGCUUCAGUUCUCAGCAUUGGGGAAUGGUUCAUCAAGAAAAUGCCUCUCAUCAGUUACAUCUACUCUGCUUCUAAACAAAUUAGUGGAGCAAUCUCACCAGAUCAAAGCUCAGGUGCAUUCAAGGAGGUAGCGAUUAUCAGGCAUCCACAUAUGGGAGAAUACGCUUUUGGUUUCAUUACAUCGACUCUGAUUCUUAGAGGUCGUGCUGGAGGAGAAGAGCUCUGCUGUGUCUAUGUCCCCACUAACCAUCUUUAUCUUGGAGACAUUUUCCUCAUUAGCUCAAAGGACAUCAUAAGACCUAAUCUUUCAGUCCGGGAAGGCAUAGAAAUCGUCAUCUCUGGUGGUAUGUCGAUUCCACAGAUACUAACAACACAGGACGCAGAGACUAUUCACAGGACAGUAGUAGGAAGCUUUGCUAUUCCACCAGUGUGA